CGCCCGGUCUGACCAAUCGCGUGGCUCCGUGGCUCAGCAGCAGCAGCGUUGCAGUGUGGGGGAACAGACGCGGAGAGAGAGGGAGCGACUGGAGGGGAGAGACUCGACCUGGGUGACCGCUCUGGACAAACAGCACCCUCGCUACCUCCCCGACACACUCACCGGCAGACCAGCAUCACCAGCCUCGGUCCGGAUGACCCUCAGUGAGUGACAAAUGUGUGAGAAAGCAGAGAACCCCUUUCCUCUCCCAGUGGAAAUCUGAGUUCUGGGACACUGAGGCAGCCGGCGGGGGUCUCUGAGGAAGAUGCUGGGUUCAGAGCGCGGUGUUGUAGAAGAAUGGCUCUCAGAAUUCAAGUCCUUACCAGAAACCCAGAUCCCCAGCUACGCCGGCAGCCUUCAUCUGAAGAAGUCCCUGGUGCAAGGUCUCUACAGAGUCAUCCAGGACCCCAACAAUGAGCUGCUGGAGCCGGUGUGCCACCAGCUGUUUGAGCUGUACCGGAGCUCUGAAGACGGCCUGCGACGCUUCACCCUGCAGUUCCUGCCUGAGCUGGUGUGGGUAUAUCUACGGAUCACGGCCAGCAGGGAUCGUCAGAGCAAUGGCUGCAUUGAGGCGCUCCUCUUGGGCAUCUAUAACCUGGAGAUCGUGGACAAAGACGGCAACAGCAAGCUCCUGGCCUUCACAAUCCCAUCUCUGUCCAAACCAUCAAUAUAUCAUGAGCCUUCUAGUCUGGGGUCCAUAGCGCUGACAGAGGGGGCUCUGUGUCAACAUGACCUGCUCAGAGUGGUGUACAGCGGCCUCCACCCACAGAGAGAGACCUUCACGGCUCAGAACAGGUUUGAAGUGCUGUGUUUCCUGAUGCUCUGCUACAACUCUGCUGUGGUGUACAUGCCCCUCUCUUCCUAUAAGUCGGUCUGCAGAAUGAGCUCCAGGUUGUGUGUAUGUGGCUUCCCUCGGCAGCAACAGAAGCUUUGGCGGGAACCAUGCAACCGAGUGCUGCUGGACCCGGAGUUCAUGGUGCAGAUGCUGACUGCCGUGUAUCAUGCCAUAUACAAUGGAGAAUGGGAGAUGGGGCGGGAAGCUCUGGAGGACAUUCUGUACAGAGCUCAGCUGGAGCUUUACUCCCAACCUCUCCUGCUGGGGAACGCCAUGAAGAACUCGCUGCCAGAAUGUGCUCCCAACGAGUCACAGGGGCGCAAAGUGCUCCAAGUGGAGGUGACGCCCACCGUUAGCCGCAUCUCCAUCUCAGCCAUCACAACUGCCUCCAUACGGCGUCACCGCUGGAAAAGAGAGGAUUGUUUUGACUACUCAGCCGAUGCAGAGUUGAGCUUCAUCGUCAAUCCUCCUAGCCCAGUCCACCACCACCGCCACACUCCCUGGGUCGCAGCAGCCAAAGAAGAAAGACGAGGGCGAGCUCACAGCCACCGCAGCGGCAGCAGCAUCAUUCCCCCGAUCACACUUGAGGAUGCUGAUGGCAUGAGCGGUGGGGAGGAUUCCUUCAACGUCAACGACCCAGACGAGGGUUUCUCCUCCGGGGCUUCCAACAGCAGCCAGCCCAGCGGCAUCAAGGCAAGCGGCAGUGUGGGGCCGCGGGGCGGCAGCCUGAACAGCAGCAGCAGCAGCAUCAAGAAAGCCAUCACAGCCCGGCUGUCACGGGACAAGGAGAGGGAGAGGGAUCGAGAGAGAGCAGCGGAAAAACAGGCUGAAUCGUCUACUGACCACCAGGCAGCUGUGAGGAGGCAUCACCAGAGGCAGCAGUCGCCUCCAGCCAGCAUCACCUUGGAUUCCAUUCAGCUGAGCCCCAUAAAGAAGAACCUGAGCUUCCCUGUCGGGCCCACACUGGUGCGGACUGGAAGCACCUCCUCCAGUAAGUCUUUUGACUGCAUGAAUUUCAACAUGAACGGAGGCAAGGACGAGCCAGAGGAGGCACUGGGAGGCUCAGACAAGGAAGGGGAGCGUCCGGCAGGCGGCUCCCACCGCCACUCCACCAUUAGCCUGCAGGAGGAGCACCUGGUCAGGCCAGAGGAUGCACAGGACCUCCUGUCUCCUGGAGCUCCCCUCACCAAGCAGUCCCGGUCCCCCAGCUUCAACAUGCAGAUCAUAUCACAGGUCUAACAUGCAGUGCAGGGCAUAAUACACACACACACACACACACACACAGACAAAACCUAACCAUAAAGGCGAGUUCCCACCGAACAUGGUGUGAUUUCAUACAAAGUGAAUCGAGUUGAGAUAUUUGAACCUCGGGCGUCAAAUUAGCGUAAUGCGAUGUUUCCUCAUCCAAUCAGCGCUGAGAAUGACACUCCGCCGUGGCCCUGGGACCGACCCGAACUAGAGAGUGAUCAGACCGUUCAUUACUCAGCCUCAGGUGGCUUUUGAAACCACAGUCAUCCAGACCAAGCUCCUGUAGGAGCCGGUGACAGUCCCCGAGCUGUGUGCUGUUCUGGGUGGGCUUGUGGACCCACACACAACAGCGCUGGCUGCCCCGGUGUUUCCAAAGUGUGCACGCGAUUAACCCGAAUAAACACAAAUGAACCGCAUUCGGUGUGAACACACCAUUACAGCCUGACUACUACAACUCCUGACUACCUGUGCAUUAACGUGUGUGUGUGUGUGUUUGGGAACAAACUCUUUCAUCAUCCAUUAAAUAAAAAUUGUCCUGCAGUUACUGAGAACGCAACAAGUAAAGUAGUAAAAUCAUAACAGCCCACUUCUGUAACCACAGUGGAGCGUUUAAAAGAGUCACUGCUCUCUUUGUGGAGAGAAAGUCAUAAGGAAGCCACGCUAGCUGAAGGGGAAGUAUGACCUUUCAGAAUUUUCUUCAGUUCAUGAAUCAGCAAUAACACUUAUCGUCGCUCAUGUGGAGAAGAGUUCUCUUCAUUCCUUCCCUGUCAUUCCCGGGCUCACGUGCAAUCGUUCUUGCUGAUUAUCUUCCUUCUUAAUUGCUGUUUGAUGAAAAUGGUUUUACGGGGUGAAAUAAAUCUUUAAAUCUUUAGAAAAUAACAAUCCAAAGAAGAUAGAUUUUGUUUUUGUUUUCGUUCACUUUGCUGAUGUCAGAUUUUGUCGGAUCCAAAUGAUUCUCAGCCCAUGACUUAAAUUUUAUUGUGAAAAUUAUAAUAAUUAUGAUCGGAUUUGAUCCAUAACACUUUUAAGAUUGUUGUUCAACCAAACUGGAAUGUGAUGAGGGUUUGUCUUGCCGCAGACUUUCAACCAGGCAAAUCAUGACUGUGCAGCUACAGGAGGAAAGAAUUCCUCUUGUGAUUUGAUAUAAAACCCGAAACUUGAGUAGGAACUGGAUAAAACCAUUGAGAAGGUGCAGGUUUGUGUCUGAAGCUAAAGGCAAUGACUGUAUUUUAUAUUGGGAUUGUUUUGUCUGGUUUAAACCGUUGCAGUCUGAAAGCACUUGUUGAGGCUUGUGAGUGGCGUUGUCUCUGAUCCGUUGAAUUUGCCGCUGGAGGCUCGUACUAGUCACGGUGCAUCAGCAGUAACCAUGACGGUGGUCUUGUGCUCUGAUUGGAUGCUCAUGAAACAUUUUGUUCUACCUCAUUGUGUGUUCACCUGCCACUCAGACACCUGUCUCCCAAUCAGAUGCAGGAUUAAAGACCCCAUUAGGUUUGAAACCGGAGCACUCGACCAGUAUAGCGAGGGACCAGUGUGGUUUCACACUGCAGCUGUAACGACACUGAAGAAUCGGUUCUGACUGAAUUUCUGGUCCACGCAUUUCAGUUCAAUCACAUUGUGCACAAGCUCGCGCUGCAAAACGAGAACACAACCUCUGUCUUCAGGUUUUCAUUUUCUCUUGUCAUAUAUCAAACAACCACACGGGGGCUUAACCUGAUAAUUUACCAAGAGAAAUGUCCUGCUUAUCUUUUUAUUUAUGUAAUGAUUUUCAAAGUGCAAUUUUGUUCUCCUCACGUGCAUGGAGUUGGAUCUUCUCUGCUGAUAAAUGCCUGCAUCUGCGCAAAGCACUAGCUAGCCUUCUGUAGUGCUCCCUGCCCAGACUGAGUGGUUUAAAACUUGUCUGCUUGUCUGCAUGUUGCGUUCCCUGCAAAGCACUGCUGUUUUUUUUAGAUGCGUGAUUUACGGCCAACAAGUCAAACCCAAGUCUCGUCUUCUGCCAGAUGUGCCAACACACAUCCUCUUAAUCUUUUUUCGCUUGGGUGUCUUAAGUUAAAAAUGCCUUUUUUCUGUUUACUUGUCUUAUUUUAAAUUUAAGGCACAAAAAAAGGGAUGUUUGGACGUGUGGCUCAACGUGCCCUUAGAUGCGGCUUCACCUUUUUUGCCAUGAACCAUCUCUUCACUCGUCACUUGUGUGUGUGCGACACACUGUACUUUCACAAUCAUUACUAAGCUUUGCUGUUCACGUUAAAAAGCAGUAUAGUAAGCGUCUGUGUACUGUAGCCGUCAGCUGUUGUAUUGCAUUUCCCCGAGUCUUGCUUACGUGCUCGUUGAAAACGAGGGUGAAUGAUUAAUGUGUAUAUAAAAGUCAGUUCAGUCUGCAGUGAAAAUGUCACACACUCGCACCCCUGCUGUGCUGAAAAGCCGUCACACGGCCACUGCUCCUUUGUGCUCUUCCACCUCAAACGUUUCAGUCCAAUCAGUGUAUGAUUGCUGGCUCUUGGGCCUCACGACGCUCCUCCUCCUCCUCUUCCUCCUCCUGCUGGACUGGACUGCGGAAGAAGAAGAAGAGUGCAGUUCGCGCUCUCACCUGGUCUGUCUGCCAUCAUCCUCUGUGCUGUGUGGCUCCCAGCGGGCCGUGUUACCAUUUGCUGUAUUUUGCUGUGAGUUGAGUGGCACCUUUUUGCUGUUUUUAAAACUGGUGAAGUGUUCAUGUCAUUAAUAUACGAGUGCCCCUGACCGAGAUUUACCAGCAGCCAUGUUGGUACUGUAUGUUGACUUGGAGUAAUCCCUCAGUGUCUGGUGUUAUUUGCAUGUGAUCAGGGUGGGAAAUGAACGCCGGCUAGCACACGUCUGAUUGGCUGUGGCUGAAUAUUUUAUUUUCCAUAAAGUUUUAUCAGCUCAGAAAUCCUCACAUGGUCCACUGACAUUUCAAAAAACCUCUUCAUGGUUGUGGAAAUACUCCGUAAACCUCGUACCAGGUCAGCUGUUGCUGCUGGUGGACAACGUUCAUUUCCUGUCCUGCAUGUGAUAACCGUGGGCUUUGUUUUCAUACAGUAUAAUGCACUUUAUUCCAUCCACCUCUCUCCUCAAGAUAGUUAUAAAUGAUAUAUAUAUAUAUAGAUGUGCAAAUGUGUAUACACUAAAUGCAGGGUUUAAUUCUCUUUAAAGUAGUACUAUUAUGUGAUGUCACAUCCAACACAAUGCUAUUUUUGUUAGUCUAAGGGUACAGCUAUCUAUUUUUAUUUUUUCAUUUCAAAACCAAAAAAAAAUGUUCCGUGGUCUAGAAGGUCUCAGGAGAUUAUCAAAAUGCCACAUUUCAAAACGGCAGCACCAAAAUUUCUGUUCUUGAAGUCAGAAUUGAUUCUAUGCAACAUGUUUUCCCCUUUUUACCCCUUUUGUUUUUGUUUUCGGUUUUGGUAUAUGGGCUCUCAUUAAUCCUUGUCGGGUGGGAUGGGGCUGAUGCGUUUAAGCUGAUAUUUAAGGUGCGAGUCCUCAACAGCAUCCUCAUUCAACAGAUCCGUUUGUACACCCUGCUGUGGUGCCACAGAGCAAGCACCUCUCAUGUGGGUCAAAUACGAGAGAAAGCCACGUGUGGACUUCUGAUGCAUGUUGAGCCCUCAUGUCCGUUUGCUCCUCUGUGGCUCAAAGACGUCGGCCAGUGUAUGAAAUGUAAACAGACGAUCAGUGAUGAAUCGAAUAUUGAUGCUUCGAGGGAAGCUGCUGUAAGAUGUGAUAACACUGUACCACUGCUGUUGUAUAAAUGGAGAGAAAGACUUAUUUUAAAUCUUGUAAAUAUCGAAUGUACAAAGGUGAGAGCAAGGUAAAUUUAAAAAAACAACCGAGGAUCAGUCUGAUAUGUAGGGAGAAAUUAAUCUGUAUAUUGUUGAAUAAAUAUUGUGCCGUAAGGGAU